AAACUAGGCGAGUGAUUAUAGAAGUAGGGCAAUCCAGAUUUCGCCAUUUUUACUUUUCAGUGAAAGGAGAUUUUAUAAUUGUCAGGCUGGAGGACGAAGAAUAUUUUGAGAAAAGUGUGUCAUACUUGAUUAUUCGUAGUCAGGUUUAUUACUUGAGAAAAUCAUAGUAUAAUAGUGUGGUUUUGUUUAUUACUAACGUUUGUAUGUAGUGCUACUUCACCGCCGUAAGGUUGCUCGUUGGUGUGUCGCUUAGCUAAAUUCAAUGGCUAUGAUAUCGAAGUUUUAAUCUGGCGAGUCGCUUUGACGUUCACCGCGGGGCACAGUAACGAGGAAGCGAAGUGACGCGGUCAGACAUGAGCAGGCCUCAGGGCGGACGGAUCCAAGUCCCCGAUGACCUCAGAGAGAUCCUGCUGGAGUUCACCAUCAGCUACCUGCUGGAGCAGCCGGGAGACGUGAUCAACUACGCGGUCGAGUUCUUCACCAGGCUACAGAACAACAGGACAACGACGAUAGUGCGAGGCCCGUCGGCGGGCACUCCCGAUGAGUCCAUAAUAUCAGACGAAGAAGAGCCGCCAGUGGCGCGCUUCAACAAUCGACGCAAAUCGGUGUUCGCGGAGACAUACGACCCUGAAGAGGAUGAUUCGGACGAAGGCGCACCGGCAGUGUUCCCGAAGUCAGACGCUCAGCGGGCGAGACUGGCCGAGGCUGUCCGGGGCAUACUGCUGUUCCGCUCCCUUGAUGCGCAACAAAUGCAGCAGGUGUUGGACGCGAUGUUCGAGAAGCGUUCAGAGCCCGGCGAAUACGUGAUCCGGCAGGGCGACGACGGCGACAACUUCUACGUGAUCGAGAACGGGGUGUUCGACGUGCUCGUCAACGGGGACGAUGGAGUGGAGAAGGUGGUCCACACAUACGAGGGGUCGGGCUCGUUCGGCGAGCUGGCGCUGAUGUACAACAUGCCGCGCGCGGCGUCCGUGCGCGCGCAGUCGCCCGGCGCGCUGUGGGCCAUGGACCGCCACACGUUCCGCCGCAUCCUGCUCAAGAGCGCCUUCAAGAAGCGCAAGCUGUACGAGGAGCUGCUGGACAAGGUGCCCAUGCUCAAGGCGCUGCAGUCGUACGAGCGCGCCAACCUGGCGGAUGCGCUGCUGCCGCGUACGCUGCUGGACGGCGAGCUGAUCAUCCGGCAGGGCGACACCGCCGACGGCAUGUACUUCGUCGAGGACGGCUCCGUCAGCAUCCGCAUCGCGCGCGACGACGGCAACGAGCACGAGAUCAAGCGCCUAGGCAAAGGUGGCUACUUCGGUGAGCUAGCUCUGUGCACCCACAAGCCCCGUGCUGCCUCCGCUUACGCCGUCGGACCUACCAAGGUUGCAUUCCUGGACGUGGAGACGUUCGAGCGCCUGCUCGGGCCGUGCAUGGAGAUCAUGAAGCGGAACAUCGACGACUACGAGGAGCAGCUCGUCAAGCUGUUCGGAGACAAGAGCAACCUCACCGACGUGCGAUGAGCGCCCCGCCCCGCACUCCGCGCCCCCCGCCUUGACGUCAUCGGUCCACCGCGCCCCGCUCUCACCCCUUCUACCGCUGAAGCGAUGCGUCCCCCGUGACGUCAUCCAUCUCCCCACUCUUACCCCUCCCGCUCCGCCGCUGAAGCGAUGCGUCUGCCGUGACGUCAUCGCUCGACUUCCCCACACAAACUCUCCAGCGAUACAGUCCCGCUGAAAUGAUGCGUUUCUGACGCAACAUGGCAUUACCUUGUAGGGCAGUAUUAUUUCAUCGAUGUUUAUAAAAAAAAUUAACGUGUGUGCUUUACCACAUCACUGAAGUAAAACUUUUUUCAAAAAAAAUAACACAUAAAAGAGAAACUUGAAAAAUAGUAGCGGUUAGCAGCGCCAUCUCUCGUACUAGGCCCAACUUGUAAAAAAUCAAAUUGAAAAUUUAUUUAUUUCAAUUAAGCUCAGUUUACAAGCAGUUUUGAAAGGUCCCGUUUAUGUCAUAUUUUAAUUUAAUCUAAUAAUAGUCGAACACUUAAAAUUAAAGUUACGAGGGUUCCAAACGCGCCUUGGUCCGAGAAGAGCCCACAACAAUACUGAGUUUGUUGUGGGCUCUUUGUGGGUUGUUGCCACUUUACAGGCAACAAUAUUACCAUGGUUCAAAGUUACAUAGUCCUGUGUAUCGCGACAGAAAUGCAUUAUUUCAACGUUCGUACUCUACAUUGUCCUUGGUUGGAAAUAUCACACGCCGCUAUUCAAGACCACUGUUUGGUUAUUUUUUUUUUUUUUACAUUUACACUUGCGUUUAUUCAACGUAUGAAUACGUCACACUAACGUAAUGUUUGAUGAAUACAUACACAGUCCUACGGUAGUGUAAAGUGUCUAUUUUGUGUUGCUAAAGUACGCAUGCUGUUACACAAAUGUCAAAACUGAAACCAAACUUUUAAUAUUACAAAAUAAAUAAUUUCCAAAUAUUGAAUGUGUCAUAGACAUUUGACAAUUUUUUUUUAAUGUUUGCGCAUUAAGAUAUUGUAACCUAAAUUCGCAAUUAAUAUGAUGGGGUUUAAAAGACAUGUAUUUUUGGGAGCCUCGAGAACGCGACAAAUGAAAAUUAUUAGUAUUUUUUUUCAUUGUCAUUGGUCGCCUCAGCUCUUGAGUCGAUGGGUCUCGAGUCUUCUUUCCAUCUUAGACUCAGUGGUGUGCACAAGGUUUUUAACUAGGGUACUAUAUGUACGAAAUGGAAAAUUUAUUCUCCAUUUUCUCAUAGUCUGUGAAGUCCACUACUUAGACUACAUUAGUGUUAUUAUAAACAGCAUGAGUAUUUUAGCUAACAAAAUUUUAGUGACGAAUGUUUUUUUGUAUAAUUUGCAUAUCGCAAUAUAAAUAUGCUGAGGACUGAAAAUUUUAAGCAUUGAAAUUAAAUUAAAUCAUCUAAAAGUAUCCACCACUGUAUAAAUUGCUAAAUAUUUGCAAUACUUUGCUAUAAUAUGUGUAUUGUCAUUUAUUAACUAUGUUGUGGGCACUUAAAAAAUCUACUUCAAAUAUGACAUAAAUAAUUAAUUUUGUGCUGGUUUUCAGUCCUCCCAAUAUGAAUAAAUAGAUUUUACAAAGUCGUCCUUAAAACUUAACCUAACUUAAUAUAUUUUGCGAUCUCCAUAUAAAUGGAUUGCCAUUGAAUAUAAUACCCCAAAUUAUCACUUUUUAACCAAUUAAAAUAAUUUUUUAAAAAUUAGAACCAAAGCGGCAAUUUUUUUGAUUUAACUCUGAUUUCGGCCAUACUUGAAUCACUUUAGUUCUCUAGGUGCGAUCGAUUUUAAUUAUAGUCUGACAAGUUCUUUUUUGACACUCCCGUGAUGUGCGGGCGACGGGGGGAAAGACUGCGCGGGUGUGAAGGAAGUGAGAUGCAUCAGUCGUGGGUUUUUCAUUCAUCGCUACACAUUGGUAGUUACGAACGAACUUGCCAAACUAUAACAAUUUGUUUUUAAAAAGUGCCAUGUUAUUUUUAACCGCUAAGUUGUUUUAGAUUACGAUGAAGAGGCAAGGGGGGAUUUUAAAAACUGGGAACGUCCAAUAAUAAUGCAUUGUAAAAAAGAAAAACAAUAAUACGCUUAUUUUAGAUAGAUAAAAUGCCUUAGUAGCUAUGUAAAUGUAGAUAUCCGUGCAUUGUCUGUGUAUAAUUGACCUAUGGUUCAACAUAUGGGUAUCAGUUUAGAUCGUGCCGCGUUGCAAGUACUAACUCAUGACUAAGGGCCCCGUAUGGGUUGGAAAUUAGUCAUACUCCGACAUAAUAAAUUAAUUUGACCUGGUGUUGGUUUUGUAAUAAACUUUGCUUUUACAAGUUUUUCGAAUCACAAUAAAAUUGCAUUUAUAUGCAAAAUAUGUGAAGUAUAGUUGUUUUUUUAUAUUUAUUUCAAAGAAUUACGAUAAUAAAUGGUAAAUUCAAUUCCAAAAUUUGGUGAAUAACGAAACAAUAGGUACGCUUAAAUUGUUAAAUCAAUAUAACAAGAAUCAAUUAAAUUUAAUGCGAUUUAAUUGGGAAUAUUCGAUUUCAAAAUUUAAUAAUAGUUAAUUCAAUUAAUGUAUUGAUCAGCUGUCAAUGUAAUAAUAAAGUUGGUUGGUUCAAUUGCAUUUGAAUUACAGCAGUUGAUCAACUAAUUCAAUUGAAAGUGACUUAUUACAAUUUCAUUAGUUGAUCAUUUAAUUGAAUAUAUAGUGAUUUGCUGUCAACUUGUUUGUUUUAAGUAAUUGAAACAGUUCAAAGCCACGGUCAUUAUGUAAUAUGACAAUGAAUUAAAACCUGAAAUAACUUAAAUUGUGAAGAAGGCAUUUAGUCUUAAAAUUUUAUUAGUGAAGGUUUCUAGAAGGGUGGAAAAUGCAUUACUAUUGGACGUUCUGUCCUAUCUAAUAUUAGGAUAUUCUUCUACCGCCAUACUGUUUUCUCCAAGGUGUUUUCCAUAGAAAAACAUUUGUUUUUUAAUUCCUAUAUGAUACAAAAUUAAUAUACCUAGAUUAGAUAUAAAUCGGUGAAUAGAUUAAAUCACUUCACUUACAUUACUAAUUAAUUAUUUAUUUCAGUAACAGUAAUUAAUUUUUUACAUUUAUUAUUAUUUAUGUAUAUUGAGAAAGUAUUAUGAUCGGUUUUAAAAAUGCCAAAUUAUUGUUAAUUUUCGUAACAUUACAAUUGCAUUGUAAUACAAAUUUAGAUCAUACUUAAUUUUAGAAUGAAUACAAUGAAUUUUGGUCUCGAUAAAAAUUAGUUGUGUUUCAGCCACAACGAAAAAAAAAAUAUUUUAUUAAUUAUUAUAAUUUAAUUUAAUAUUUUAUAAAGGAAAAAGAGUUUGUUUUUGUUUAUUCUUUUUUCUUUUUAAUUGUACGUUUUUAAUUCUAUUUUCUUUUUUUCUCUUGUUUUAGAGCGCUUGUUUUGUUUGCCAGUUAAUUAUUUUUGCUGAAUAGAUCUGAGGUGUGUUAAUGUUGUAACAUGUACAAUGUACUUUAAAUCCAUACUCGAACGCAACAACCCUGUAAAUGUCGAUUUGUUAUACUCCGCGGCUGUGAAGUUUCAAAAUAUAGUAAGUGACAUUGAUCUUUUUUUACAGAAAAACCAAAGAACAUUCAGUUUUAGUAAACGCCAAAGUGUUUUAUUGUAAAACUGUCGUAGCUUAGCUUGUCGGGAAUUUAUUCCAGUUCCAUAUUGUUGAAUAUCUUGAACAAGAAGUCCUAUUUGAAGGUCUUCUGCAGUUAUUUGAAGAAACAUGUCCCUUGCUAAGUUUUGAAGUUUUCAGUUCAAUUGGUAAAUGAUACAUUGUGCGUGUGAGUAGUAUCCAAGCUUAAAAAUCAGUGUGUAUGUUUGUGUGUUCCGAAUAUUCACGCGUGUACGUCAAACCCUAAUAGCGUUCCAGUAUUAUUUGAAAUUGAAAAAAAUAUUCAUUUGUAAAAUCCAGCCAAAGUACGGCUGUGCUAUUUCAAAACAUAGCGAGAGAUUUGAAAUUUUACAGGAAACCCAAAAAACACUUUUUAAGUGGUUAUUGUUGUAAAUUUGCAAAGAUGAUUUAUUUUUAUUGUGAAUUUAAAAAUGUAAAAAAUGCAUUAAAAAAUGUCUAUUACUAGGUUUUCAAAUUUCACAGCCGAUGUAGAUGAAUUCAUAAAAAUCAUAUGUAGCACCAUAUAAUGUUUAAGCCUAUAUUUAUACAUGUAGUAGUUAGUUUUUGAUCACUUCUUAUUGUAAUUUAAAAUAUUUGUAGAUUAGGUAAAUUUGUGGAGUUGAUAGUCUAAAUCCUGAAGGGAGUGGUGUUAUAUUAUGUUUUGACGCUGUGUACAAAAUGAAUAUGUACAAAUUAUAUCAGUUGCCAUAGAAGAUUUUUAUUGUUUUUAUGUUGUUUUUUUUUUUUUGCAAAUACGAGGUAAUGAGAGUUUACUAUUUUUAUUUUUCACUGUUAUGCCACUCUAUCUCCGAAUUUAUGAACGUUUUGGCUAAAGCAAUGUCGUAGAAACAAGAUGUUAUACUAAAGAUGCGUUAUCUAAAAUAGUAUUCGGUAUUCAUAAACAGUGUAUUAACUAAACCUCAAUAGGUCUACAAUUAUACCAUUGGUCAAUGGUGGGUAGUCCAAUGGGAUGGGGGACUAAAAUAAUACAGUCUGUGACUAAUUGGGAGACUAUUAUAAUUAACAAAAAAAGAUAUAACAGCAUAUUCCGUAAAAAGAGACUAGUAUCUACACGCAAAAUAUGUUGUAGUUAGCAAAAUAUUAUGGGUUUUAGGUUAUUAACUAUAAAAAAUGCGUCUUCAGUUUUACAUACAAACAAGCUGUCUACUGUCAAACAGUUUUAUGUACAUAUUACCUCUGCAUCCAAUGUCAAGCGGACUACCUCGAUAGAUUGACUAUACUAAUUAUACUUGACUUUAAAGUCCGGCCGCUCAGAGAUUGCGUUUCUGACAGAUCGUUACAAACAUAUUCAAUUACAAUCGCCUCGUUAUUUUGUCUAAUCACUACAAAGACAAACAGUUGGCAUAACCUUGAAACAGCGCACUUUAACAACCUUGUACGCCAGUUCGAAGCUACAUCGCCCAUUCGAUCACGACCAGUCAGAAACGCUAUCUCUGAGCGGCCGGACUGUAUGUCUUCGACUUGAAGGUUUAUCAUCUUGUUCCACUGGCCUUGCUUUAGUUACGUUUAACAGUUUCUCAUGCUUGCAACUAACUAACUAAAUGUGUUUCGAAGCGACAGGGCUGAGUUCCUCAUACCAUAGCUUAUACAUUCCCCAGUUGCUGAUUACGAAGUUUACGUAAAUGCUUUAUUUUUGUUGUUGAAUAAUGAAAGUUUUAUUUGUGUCUCUAUAGUUAGAUUCACUUCAAGUGCCUAUCUCAUAACAGGACACCAGUUAGCUUCACUUAUCUGUAACGUUUAACUUUGAGGUGCAGAGGUGCAAAGCGAACAGUUUUCGAAAUACAGCUAUUUUCAUAGAGCAGAGCAGUCUGCUCUAUGAAAAUAGCUAGAUUCUUUAUAUUCGUAGUCCGUAGUCCUAUAUUUAUGGUAUGGAUGAUGAAUAGAAAAUUUAUGUUGCUAUUUUACAUGAUGCCUUACAAUCAAAUACUGAGAAAUUCUCGGCAAAUUAAUCGACGGAGCAAAUUAAUACAGCCAAGUUUAACAUCUGAAGUUCAGAAGUAGAAUCGAUUAUUUCGAUUGUCAAUAUCUCUUGUCGAGUCUACAUUGAUCCGUCAUUUUUAUGUCUACUAGAGGUAGACUCCAUCUAACGACCGUUUUCAAUAACCUACCCAAGAUUACGGAUAGAUAGCUAUCCUCGAUUAUCAGUAACAGUCAAAACUAUCUGUCAGUAGGUUAUUGAAAAGCAGAUAAGAAUAGAAAGAUGGAUAUUCUUAACUUUAGUAAGCGAAAUGGCGGAUAGACAGGUUAUUGAAAACGGCCGUAAGGCAACAGGAAGUCACUAUUGAUUUCACUCACCAAAAACUCUCCAUAUUUCUCAAUGUAAUCCCAAGUUUAACAGAAGACUCCCUUAGAGAGUAGUUUCAUCCCCCUACAAUUCUAUCCCUCUAGUUCGAAUCUUCUAAAUCUGUAACACUUGAAAUUGAUUAAAACAAUUUAUUUGUUUCUUUGGCGCAUGGAUUUCUCAGUAAAAUAGCAAAAUAAAGUGUCGUGAACUUCUGUAGACACCUGCUAAUAAUCUAUAUUUGGGAAAGCAUCUCGCUAUGCGUCUAUGCACAACAUUAGUAGAAAAGCCAUUCGCAGAACAUGUUUUCAUUUUGCAGAACGAAGAAUAGACCUGUCAGUCACAAAAUGCAAUAUGUUGUAUGGUGAGCUUGCAAAUAACGCAUUCUUUGGUUAUUAUAACCUAUAAUUGUUUAUAUUUAUGUCUGUCAGCUUUAUUCCUCUGUCUGGCAUUAGUGAGAACGACAUUUUCUACAUGAAUAUGAGUAAAUUAUUGUGAGGGGAGUAUGUGUAUAUUAAUCUUUUCUUGUCUAUGUAUUCUCACAAAUGCUUAGGUUUGAUUGAUGUAAUACUAAAACUUUUUAGAGUAUUUAUGUGCACCGUGGUUUAACGUUCAAAUUGUAUCAGAAUUUAUUAAUAUCCUCUAUAUUAUUACUAUUAUUGCAAUGAUUAAUUAUUAUUAUUGUUGUGUCGAAUAUUUAAAUCGUUCAGAGCCUUUGUUGAUUGGCUUUGGCAGUGGCUAUUCACUACAUAGCAUUCAGGUUCGAUGGCUUAACCCGUUAGGGUAGAAACUAGAAACCCAAGUUUUUAUAACUCGACAGAUUGAGUUUCAAAUUUGUCUCUAUCUCUCUCUGUCCAUAGUAUCGUGAUAAACAGAGAGAGAUAUAAAUCGAAAUUCAAACUAUCGAGUUUUAAAAACAGCGCUACAGGUGAGAUUACAGUCAAUAGGUCUUUCAAUAUAAAGCUUAUUUUGAUGUAAAUCCAUACAAAUUAGGUAUUAUUCGCUUACAAAAACGAAGCUGAACCGUAUGUAAAACGUUUUAAAUAUUCGGAACAAUAAACUUUUAAAAAUUGUGAACACAUAUUCAGUGAUUAUUACAUUAAAAUUGUCAGCCGGUCUGAUUAAUGAUGUAAUAGAUUUUUUUAGAGCAUAAUAUUUAUUGGUUUUUAAAAUCGUAUUUGUGCAAGGAGGUGCAUAUUACAUGCACAUUGUUAUUAUAUAUAUUCGUAUAUAGUUUUGUGGGUGUGUGUGAAACGUGAGAUUUCCUUUCUAUGAUACAUAUUUAUAUUUCCAUGUAUAAGGGUCUUGGCACAAUUGGUACGUUUAUAUUAGUGAAAUGAUGUAUUCGUGAAUGUUGGUAAUGUUUAGGGCAGAGGUUCCCAAACUUUUUUUUCACAUAGACCUCUUUCAAAAUUUUGCUGGUUCUGGUGGACUCCCUGCUACCUUUCUACAUAAAAUAUUAACUUCCAAACCGAUGGUAGAGCAUCAGCCAAUGGACUUCCUCUGCUGGACAUUGACUUCUUGUGAGGACUUCUAAACAACAUUGUCUGGAGAUAAUGGAUAUAGCGGGUUGUAGACCACUUUGUCUUCGGUCCACCUAGUCGAGUGUCGACCAAACACUACGCUUUCCAUAAUACUAUAUCAAAAGCUGAAAGUACAUCUUAAUUGGGUGUGUAAUUGUAGUAGCAAAUGAUAAUGAGGGAUUUCUUAUAUGACUGAUCAUUAAUUUACCAUCACCCGAUGAACCUCCACUGCUGGACAGUGGCCUCUUCUGAGGACUUCUAAACAACAUGGUCUCAAGUUACUACCGCAGACUGCUUUAGGUUGUCGGUCCACCUCAUAGAGGAAUUAAAUCGAAUGCAUCGCAUCCAUCAUAUCGAUCGUUAUCAUAUGCUAUUGACAGAGGGGUAGCGUCUAGCGAGGCAGGUCCUAAAGUAAUUGGUCUGAGCUGCGCCUAGUCGAGUGUCAACUAAACUACGCUUUCCAAGUCGCUACUAUAAGCGUAUCGAAUGUGCCAAGAGUCUUCGUGUUUGUUACCGUACGGGUGUGUGACAUAUUGUGUACACUGUUUAAUGCCGCUGUGUAUCGGUCCCGUAGUUGAUAGUAUGUGCAAUAUUAAUACAAUCAUAUUAUAUAACACACGUGGUUUACAUGAAUGUCGGAAAUUGUGUCAAUGUGGAAUUUAUUUAUUAAUAGUUUUUAAACUACACUGAAAUGUAAUUUAAUAAUGCUGAUUACCUAGAUAUUUAGGAAUAUGGUACGGUACAAGAUGUGAACUUGAUUUAUACAUCAUUGUUUUUAGUACGGGGAAACAAGGUCUCAUAUCUAUCUAGAUAUGAGAUAAACGAAGAUCAAAUUUGACGUGGAAAUCAGUGUUAUUAAAUUAAAUUAAUUGUAAUAGCAUUUAAGGCAUAUAAUAUUUCUCUUUAUACUGAUGUUAAUAACCUAAUCUAUUAGGGAAAAUUUAUACGCCAACUAGAAAAGGUUUUGGUCAUGAAAUCAACUGUUUUGAUCCAUUGAGACAGCAUUAAUUUUGUUAAUGUUCGAUAUUGAAUAAACAGUUGCAAUAGUGAUUGAAAUUUGUUCUAAUUGUUGCGCUAAUUAAUCAGGUGACGUGAAACUAUAUAAGAUUUUGCGCAGGUAGCAAUCCUAUUAGGUGUAAAAAGCACAAAACGUAUUGUUGGAUAUGCAACUGAAAAAUGACUCAAUUCUGUUGUCUUCCAAUGCAUGGACGCACAGAAUGUUUAUCCGAAGGUCCUGUCAUCGUACUAUGGAGCAGUUCUUCUGACGAUUUCGAUGUAAAAUUAACAAUUCGAUACGCUUAAAACGUAGCGUAAAUUUUUUAUAAAUUACUAGUCAUUGGUGUCUAAUGUAGAUUUGUAACCGGACAGCACGUCGGUCGUUUCAUUUGUCUGCAUUCAUGUUAGCCGUAAGUCAUACCUGUCCAUAAUAAAGCAUAUCAGAGCGGCGACGCCGUCUUCAUCUCUUUAAUUGCACCUGAUCUGGUAGCCACUAGCCGGUCUGAGACUAGCCGCUUUAAUCCACAUCAUGAGCUUACCCUGUACAUUUAUAAAAAUUAUGUAUCGUAAAAUGUUAGAAAACUGAAUUAUAUUUGUUUGUAGAUCUAAUAA